GUGAAAGCAACCUUGGACGUAGUUAGUGGUGACGCCCUGCCCUGCCCUGCGUGACCCAUCUCCAUCAAGGAUCCCACCUGGCUGGCUCAGGCUCAGGCUUCUUGCUGGCAAGAGGGUCCUUUUUCCAUCUUCAGGUACUCGGCUCUGCAAACUUUGCCCUUGUUUAUUUCUUCACCCACAUGCGUGACAUCCGCGCAGUCACUGAGAGCCGUCCUGAAUGACUGCAUGAGCUCUCGACCGCUCUGACGACACCUCACCAUAUCUCACCAUCCGCUCCUGACUUUGCACAUUUCUGCUCCUCUCUUGAACGUAAAGAGACGAAUUCGAACCGGUCAUGGCUUCGCCUAUCCGGUCUCUACUUGCAGCCGUUGCGCUGUUCGCUACCCUGAACGUUGGAGUGAAUGCCUCGGUCCCUGUAACCAGCGCCGCUAUAAUUCCAUCACCAACGGCCUCUUCGCUGGCCGCAGCUCUCUAUACUCCAACCGACUCAGAUUCUUCGGGGGAUGAUGAAGACACAGGAGAAUGCCGGCUGCUCGGGCCUUUUUCGAUCCUCGUCCAAGCGUCUCUUGGGAUGUUAGCUCUAUUAUCGCUUGUCUACAAGCGAUGGAGGGAGCGGCCGCAAAGACCGGUCAAGGUGUGGGCAUUUGAUGCAUCGAAGCAAGUCUUUGGAUCAUCCAUGCUGCAUUUACUCAACCUGGUCAUGUCUAUGUUCUCGGCGGGGCAGUUUGAGAUUACAAGCCAGUACAAACCAAAUCCAUGCUCAUUCUACUUGUUAAAUUUGGGAAUCGAUGUGCGUCCUCUUACACUCGCUUUUAUUCGGUGCUAACCAGGAUCAUUAGACCACCCUUGGUAUUCCAAUUUUG